GAUACGCUUAUACUGUACAUCACAAAUCGCUAAAACUGCAGUAUUAAAGCACGGGAAAACAAAGAGAUUAAACAUAGUCAAUCCUCCAAAUAUCACCACAAUGCGUCAGAACAGGAAGAUAAAAUAUAUUCGUUCUCUAUCAAUACAGUUAGCAAUUUUUUUUAAGGUCGACCUGGAUACUGCAAUAAUAAGUGAUCGCACUGUGAAGUGAUAAUUCUACAUUUUGGCUGUCAGAGAGGAUGCUUCUCUUGCCCUCGUUGCUGGUGCUGCAGAUCAGUCUUUAGGUACCACAAGGCUAAGCACAGCAGCACUUCACAGCAGGAGGAGCAUUCAGUGCGCAGGAGCUGAGGAGGGGGAGAGCCUGAGAAAACUGAGCAGCCUUUUCUACAUUUUUCUUCACCUGAAAGAAGACCUUCACGCUGAUUCCAAAAAAAAAAAACCCGCUUCAGCACCUGGCGGUCUCAAACAGCGCAACUCUCCUCAAGACCACACAAGAUUUCUAAAGCCGUUACCACACCGUCCAUGUUUAUGAUAUGAACCCAGAAAAGAAGCAGAGGUUUCGGAACCGACGCAUGUCCAACACCAACGCAUAAAAUCUGAGCUUUCGCUGCAGAAGUAUGAGACCGUUUCAUCGAAACAAUUGCAUUUGACAUUUCUCUGGAUCUCUUACUGAAGGAAACCUUUUGCUUGAUGAAGCCCUAAAACGCUUACAACUUCAAACUGAAGGUAUGGACUCUGUAGAAACUCAGCAUUCAAACUCCUGAACCAACCUGUGUUGUACCAACCUGGGGAAGAGCUGAUGAGUAAUCUUUGGCUCUCAGAAGAGCGUACUGUUCAAAGCUGUAACAGCGGGUGAUGCAUCCCUAUAGGCAGCAAGUCCAUUGCUUCUCUGUUUCGCUUACUGUACUGAGAGAAAAUUGUCAGCUGAGAUUUGUUAUUUUGUUUUUAUGGUCUCUCUGUUGAACCGAUUCAGCACUUCAGUUUUCGGCGUGUUUAAUAACUGUAGCGUGAAGAAAUACUAAAGGUAACCCAUAACGAGCAGUUCAGCAACUCGCUGCUUCCCUCAUUUUAGUAACUAUUAAGAGCGUGCAAAAGCCAGAGAGAACUGUACUGUAAGUCUAAUUAAGGCGCUGAAAAUAAAUAGGACGGCAAAUUGAAUCCUAAGGACCAUUACUCUGGCUGCUGUCAUCGUAUUAUGUCUGCACUUCGAAAGAAAUUUGGGGACGAUUACCAGGUAGUGACCACUUCAUCCAGUGGCUCUGGAUUUAAUCACCCUGCACCGAAGAGGAAGAGACAACGUUUUGUUGAUAAGAACGGGCGGUGUAACGUCCAACAUGGUAACCUUGGAAGUGAAACAAGCAGAUACCUUUCGGAUUUAUUUACUACCCUAGUAGAUCUGAAAUGGCGCUGGAAUUUAUUUAUUUUUAUCCUGACUUACACUGUAGCGUGGCUUUUCAUGGCAUCGAUGUGGUGGGUCAUUGCAUACAUAAGAGGCGAUCUCAACAGAGCUCAUGAUGACAAGUAUACACCGUGUGUAGCCAACGUCUACAACUUUCCUUCGGCUUUUUUGUUCUUUAUCGAGACAGAAGCUACAAUAGGCUACGGCUAUAGGUAUAUCACAGACAAAUGUCCCGAAGGGAUCAUUUUAUUCCUUUUUCAGUCUAUCCUUGGAUCCAUCGUAGAUGCCUUUUUGAUCGGCUGUAUGUUCAUUAAGAUGUCUCAGCCCAAAAAACGGGCAGAGACUUUGAUGUUUAGUGAACAUGCAGUUAUUUCAAUGAGAGAUGGGAAACUGACUCUAAUGUUCAGAGUCGGCAACCUGCGCAAUAGCCAUAUGGUCUCAGCUCAGAUUCGCUGCAAAUUGCUUAAAUCUCGGCAGACGCCUGAAGGCGAGUUUCUCCCGCUGGAUCAACUAGAGUUGGAUGUGGGCUUUAGCACCGGGGCAGAUCAGCUUUUUCUGGUUUCCCCCCUUACAAUUUGCCAUGUGAUCGACACCAAGAGUCCAUUCUACGACCUCUCCCAGAGAUCAAUGCAAACUGAACAGUUUGAAAUUGUUGUCAUCCUAGAGGGAAUCGUGGAAACCACUGGAAUGACAUGCCAGGCACGGACUUCCUAUACCGAGGACGAAGUUCUUUGGGGUCACAGGUUUUUCCCUGUGAUUUCUCUUGAAGAGGGCUUCUUUAAAGUUGACUACUCCCAAUUCCAUGCAACAUUUGAGGUUCCAACCCCCCCUUACAGUGUGAAAGAACAAGAGGAAAUGCUUCUCAUGUCUUCUCCUUUGAUGGCGCCCUCACUGAGCAACAGUGGAGAAAAGAAUAAUUCUGUUGAUGGCUUGGAAACACUUGAGGACACAAGCACCAAGCUGCCAUCUAAACUGCAAAAGAUAACAGGGAGGGAGGAUUUGCCCAGAAAGCUACUGCGGAUGAGCUCCACCACCUCUGAGAAAGCAUACAGCUUGGGGGACUUGCCAAUGAAACUCCAGCGCAUCAGCUCUGUCCCUGGAAACUCAGAGGAAAAACUUGUUUCCAAAACAACGAAGAUAAGCUCUGACCCAAUGAGCCAGUCAGUCGCAGACUUGCCACCUAAACUGCAGAGGCUGGCCACUGGAGGAAGGAUGGAUGGACACCUGCCUCCAAAACUCAGAAAAAUGAAUUCAGACCGGUUUACAUAACUAAUAUUACAGGAACCCUCCCUCCCCUGCCCCUGACUGCCUUGACAAUAUUUUCAAAUUUGAAAUGACGGACAAGAUUGUGAAAUUGAAAUUUAAAAAUUUAUAUAAUUAUAUAUAUUGAGUAGGAUAAAUUCAGCACUACCUGUAUGCUUGGGUGCAAGUAUAAAUGCUUUGAUGGGAGACCUCAGAUAUUUUUCAGGUCAUUGUAUUAUUAAUAUAAACUGGCAUGUAAGCGUCACAAAGCGCAUGUAAUACAGCAUUGAAAUUUUUCUGGCAUGGCAUUUAUAAAUCUUCAAUGAUUAUUUUGCAAAAAAUAAAUAAAAAUGAAAUAAAUAAACCCUAGGAGCCAAAGUGUGCUCUAACGUUCUAGCAAAGUCUUUUGCAAAAUAUGGAUGAGAGAUGCUGCUGAAGAGGUUUUGAGCGCUGAUUUUAUUACUAUUUUAUUAUUUGGAAUAAUGUGAAAUUGUGUUUCUGAAGUACUAUUUUUGAAUGCAUGCUAGUGUUAGGGAAUUCUAGAGAAAGGGAGAGGCUGGAGCCAGAUCUUUAGCCUUAAAUAAAGUUCAUUGCCCUGUUUUAUUUUCACUACUCACUGCUUUUAUUUAUUUUGUCUAAUCCUUAUUCUUAGCAUUUCAUUAUAUUUUAUCUGUAUGGAAGAUUUGGCAUUUGUUGAGACUGGGCAAAACUUUAUAUUGAUGAUUUGCAAAUCUUCAAUAUUGUCUUAUUAUUAUGCAUAUUUUUAAAUUGCAUGAUUUAAAGAAUAUAAAUAUCACACUCGAUUUUGACUUUCACUCACUGUACUUUUAGAUAAUUUAAUUGAAUGGAUGUUGGAAGGCAAAAAACCUACAUCUGGUUGUUAAGACAUCAUUAAUUAUUAUAAAUGUUUGAAACUUUUCUACAUGAACUGUAGCAAUAAUGAUACAUACAGUAAGCCAUUAUCUUGGUGGGACUGUGUGAAGUCCUUUACAAAAACGGAAAAGAUGACCUAUAGGUUUCUACAAAAAUGUCCCAAUUGUUAGCAAAAGUGAAAUUAAAGAUUGGUUCUGACAAAGAGCUUGGUUAUUUUGGACUAUGAUUAAAAACUUCAGCCUUCAGGGUUUCUUUAAGAAGUGCUUUUAAUCAAGCAUUGACAUUGUUCACUUCACUGACUCUGCAUAAACACUAUCAUGCUUGGUUAAUGUAAGAAUAGCUACAGGCUUAAUCAGUUGUGGCUAAUUUGUGAUAUUAAUUUGCACAAUUGUCAAGUCUCUAAAAUGAGAGAAUUUUGAGAACAUUUUAUUUUGGAUACUGUUUAUAUCUAUUUCCGUUUCAUACAGUAAUUGUGAUUAUGCCAAGAUCCAUUAUUUUAUGCAAACAAUUUUUCUCUCAUUCCCAUUUUUGAUAAUUUAUUAUAUUUAGUAUAAUUAAACUGGAAAAUGUAGUUGAUUGAAUAUUGCAUCAUGCAGUUGAUGAAUAUAUUCAAAAAGAUGAUCUCUUGAUCCUCUGACGUUUGCAGGAGUUGUAUAAGUACCGCUAAACUAAUCCCAGAGAAACACAGUAACAAGUUUCUUUUCCUUGAUAGCAUAUGGCACAAUGGCAGUCCUCUCAUUUGAAACCUUUCUUAUGUUCUUAAGAUCCUCCUGUGAAAUGUACUCUGUUUCAUGAGGUGCCAAAUCAAUGGAAUGUUUUGUGUACUUUUAAUGAACAAAUCAUUCCUUAUUCCACAUAAUGUAUCAAUUUUCUUGUAAAGUUAGAACAUUCUAUAUUAAUUUAUAACACAUAACAGAUUAAUUAUUAGAUAAAGAAUCUAGAUGUUCUUUGUUAUUUGUUAACUUUUAUUGCGAUAGUGGCAGGGGAUUAAAUACAAGUACUGUACAACAUGUACUGUAAUCAAUGCACUGGGUUUUGGUUUGGUUCGAUCAGAUGAUGUUCGUCUUCAAUUCUGAUGUUCAAACUUCAAUUUGUUUUGCCCAGCCUUAAAAUGUUUGCUGUAAAUGGUUGAUGAAGCUGAUUGCACAGCCGGUCUGUGUUUUCAAAGCACUGUAGAAUUUGAGCCUGCUAAAUGCUGUAAAUUGUACAUAGAGAUGUCUACCAAACAAACUAGAUUUUCAGGCAUGCAGAAUAUUUAUUGUAAUAAUACACAAGUUUUAAAUGGACUUGUACGCAUUAAUACUGUAACCUAAUUCUGUAUUAAACUUUUCAGCAAUUCGAUGAGUUUAGAUUUUUACAAAGUCUGGUUUUGCUACUUGCAUAUGUUGUCUUUUUUGUCAGCUCUUUCAUAAUAAAUUUUAACUGUGUUAACUUAAAAAUGUAGAUUUCUACAGGGCCUUAAAUUUCAAAUGUUUUGAGAUUAUACCCCUAAAAAGUGGUUUAAUUGAGUCACAUUUUGCUUCUUAUUUGAAUUUUACAAUAGUGCAUCUGACUCUAGAUUAUAUAUUAAUACAUAGGUGGAAAUUAUGUACAGUACUUCCAAUCUGAAGCGUGAACAUCUGUUUAAUUGAAAAAUGACUCGUAAAUUUUUAAAGCGCUCAUUGAAUUUAAUUCUGUAAAUGUAAUAUUGUUGCACUCCUGCUUUUUAAUCUAAAGAAAUAGAAAUUACCAGUAUAUUCUAACUAGAUAUUAUGACUAUACAAUGUUUUUUUAAAGCAUGCCAAAGAACUGGAAAACUUAAUCAAUAUCACUUAAUUUCAAUUAAAAAUGAAUAAAAUUCAA